CCCCACCCCCCAGCCUCUCAAAUCUGCAAGUUCGGUCCAAUAAAUUGUGACAUUGUCUGUCAGCUUUUGGAAUAAGAAAUCGAUACCCGAGGAGGGGGGACGGCGGGAUUCUUCCGGAAUUUCAACGAUCCAUUUGCCCGCGAUCCUUAUAAAUAUGCGAGUCGGCUGGAUCGGGUGGGUUCGGUCCUGCUUCCACGCGUUUGUGGCUGGAGCGGCGCUUGAUAGUGACUGAUUAUUGCCGGCGAUUUUGUCAAUGCAAGACUCGGGGCGGAAACAUGUCUGGCCACUUCUCUGAGCGGAUCACUGCUAUCAGAGAUGGCAUUCUGGUCCAGCACUUCGGUCUUCACCUCUAAAGUGCCCCGGAAAAUCUUAUUCAUGUUCACCCUGUCCCUCUCCGUCACCUACCUGUUCUACAGCCUGAUGAGCUGCUACAACUCGCUGCAGUUCCCGCUGCAGGAGAACUACGCGUACCAAGGCCGGCUGGUGACGGAGGAGGCAACUUUCGCGACACUGCGGGAGAAACUUUACUCCGCGUCCCAGGGCUUCGCCGAGUUCACCGGCGCCGGGGGCACCACCACCGCGGCGUCCGCCGCCCGGGAGCGUGGCGAGGCCGGGCCGGGGACGGUGGAGUGGACUAGGACGCAGGCGUCUCCGACCAGGGCGGCGGCGGCGGCGGCGGCGGCGGAUCGCACCACCGCGCUGGAGAGGGAGCGCCAGGAAUUCAGCACCACGGACAGCGACCUGAGGGCGAACUGCACCUCGGAUUACGGCGAGAAGAAACUCCCCCAGGCCAUCAUCAUCGGGGUGAAGAAAGGGGGCACCCGGGCGCUGCUGGAGGCUCUCCGGGUGCACCCGGACGUCAGAGCCGUGGGCAACGAGCCGCACUUCUUCGACAGGAACUACGAGAAGGGGCUGGACUGGUACAGAGACCUGAUGCCUUCCACGCUGGAGGGGCAGAUCACCAUGGAGAAGACACCCAGCUACUUUGUGACUAACCAUGCCCCGAAGCGCAUCCACUCCAUGGCCAGGGAUAUCAAGCUUAUCAUAGUGGUGCGUAAUCCCGUCACCAGAGCCAUCUCGGACUACACGCAGACUUUGUCCAAGAAACCCGAGAUCCCCACCUUUGAGGUUCUGGCUUUUAAGAACCGGACGCUGGGUCUCAUUGACGCCUCGUGGAGCGCCUUGCGUAUCGGAAUAUAUGCGCUCCACCUGGAGAGCUGGAUGCAGUAUUUCCCCCUCUCCCAAAUGCACUUUGUCAGCGGCGAGAGGCUGAUUGUGGACCCCGCGGGGGAGAUGGCCAAAGUGCAAGACUUCCUGGGACUGAAGCGGAUCGUCACAGACAAACACUUUUACUUCAAUAAGACUAAAGGGUUUCCCUGCCUGAAGAAGCCGGAGGACAGCAGCACCCCCAGGUGCCUUGGCAAGUCCAAAGGGAGAACUCACCCUACCAUUGACUCGGACGUGAUUCGCCGGCUGCACAAGUUCUACAAACCCUUUAACAUGAUGUUCUACCAAAUGACCGGCCAGAACUUUGAAUGGGAGCUGGAGGACGACAGUGAAUCCCGCAGCUCUCAGGACUAGUGGACCGCGGGACGGCACUGCGCCGCCACACCACCAGCCUUCUCACUAAAACUACUACUGUCCCGCUUCGUCUCCAGAGAGGGUGCCAGAGCACGCCAAUCCGUCAUGGCUGUCCUUGCGUCUGUCUGUACCCAUUAGCAAGAGUUUACUGACAUGCUUUCUCUCCCUCUCUCUCUCCCCGUCAAUACUAAUGUUCAUGAUGGAAAACCAUUAUUGUACAUACCAAACAUAAAAUAUAUUUAUAUUUGUGAAAAAGGAGAUGAUUUAUUCCUUUUUGUUUUCAAAGCUUAGAGCUGAUACAAAAAUCAAAAUCAUGUUGACUAUGGCAAUGCAUGCGAUGAGUUAAGUGUCCUUACCUCAUGAGACCCAAGGGUAAACUCUGCCUGUUUCUUCUCCCUUUACUUUCCUUGCCGUUUCUUGCCCUCACACCCACUCACCAGCAUUCACUACAAAGAAGAUUCUAUUUCAGUGGCGAAGGCCACAAAGCGCUUUGUAUUAUUUCUUUCGACGCUUGUCCAACUGCUUCAGAAGAGGGGAAGAUAGAUUGAAAAGAAAAAUCACGGACACAUAGUGGAAUAGUACUUCGACACGUGCCCAUCUUUUCAGUUGUCCAUAUUCUGAGUGACAAUCCUGACUCCUCUUUUUUUUUUUGGUGUGUCAGUCCAAGUUUACCAAAGUGUUAAUCUACUCAGCUUCAGUGUUCCGUUUGCUCUGCACUCAUUAAUUGCACACAUAUUCAAUAAGAGAGCUGAUGAACAGUGGCCGUCAUCCAAUAAUUGGAUUGUUUCACUGCAUCGUCGGACAUUAGCAUACUGAUGACCACGCACUCAGUUGUGGUGCAGUAUCAGUGGUUUUGGCAUAAUUUGACAAGUGAAUCCAUGUUCUGCAAAACACCCAAGGGUCCGCUGUGCAUCCCCGACAGAGGCGGCUUCCUGCUACCGAAAUGCACCCAAAGUGUCCGUUAACUCUCGCCGGACUUUCUUUUGUUUUCCUUCUUCUUUUUGCCUCGUGAACCCUCCGCUUGUCGAGGCGACACGUGUCAAUUGGGGGCUUGGAGAGCGACGGCAGAGGACCGAGCAGGGAGAUUUGUUCGCAAACAUCUGCUGCCAUGUGGUCUUCUGUCAUUAGAGAUUAAUGGCGUGUUAAAUAAAAAGCGCUGCUGCUGGAACAAUGUCAAUGUCAGAGAGAAUUUGCUGUCGCGGAAAAAACACCAAAACACAUACAUGCCCAGGUAAAUUACCAAGCAAUUACUGUGUGUGCGUAACUUGAAUGAGCUCAUGUCUGCCAGGGAAAUGUGCUGUGACCGGAGGUUUACUAUCAAAAAGGCUUGUGAUCAGCGGGACCCACGUGGGUAGAUGCUUGUGACGAAGACAACAGGGUUGCGCCGUGAACAUCACAACAUGACCCCGUGAUCAUUUCCUUCUUUU